GAUGGGCCCUGGUGGGCCACGCAGUCCCUCAGGCACUCUGGAGCCCUUGGCCUCCCUCCCAGAAGCACCUCGCAGGGGCCACACUCAGGCCAUCACGAAGGGCUGUGAGACUGUUCGUUUGGAAAGCCUGGGCAUGCAGCUGACCCGAGGGUGCUCCAGGCCCCUGGCUGCCUGUGACCUGUGCGGCUGGGUGUCCUCUCAGCCUCUCUCCUCUGACGUGGAGAGCACAUCGUCCCCACGGGCUGCUGGGAAGCUCUGAGGCUGGGAUGGGCAAGCUUUGCAGACUGUCACCUUCCUGUCCAGGACGAAGCCUGCUUUCCCAGGGUCCCCAGGCCCGCCCCGCCCCUCCCAUCCUGCGAGGAACUCAUGCAACCACCAAGGCCAUUCCUGGGAGUUCCUCCUCCUCCCUGCUCUGCCUGCCAGUCGGCCAGCUCCCUGGCUCCUCUCCUUCUCCUUCCUUCUCCCCCUACUCACCUCCUGCCCCCAGAGUCAGUUCUGCCUGAGCCAGCCUCUGUCCAGGCAGCUGAACAGGGAAUGGGGUGGAAACUCCAUCCACUGCCCCUCCCCGAGGGAGGGGGCCAGCUUCCAGCCAGGACAGGCUCAUCUUUGCAGGGCACCCUCUCAGCCCGAGGAGCUGAGUAUGAGGGGUCCUCUGUUUUACCAACCCAAGGUGGGGUCCCUUUUCUUGUAGGGGCUGAGGCAAUCCCUCUUUGCCUCUGCCCUGUGGAGCUGGAGGCUGUGUGCCCACUGUCUGCGGAGCGGUGGCAGCAAUGAACAUCAUGUGGGGACGGCUUGCGUGCCUCUCAUCACCCUCACCCAGCCCAUGCCAGGGCUUCUCUCCAGCCCCUACUUCAGAAAUGGACGAUACCGAGGAGCCCCUGGAGAUCCUUCGCUUCCACCCGGAGGCCAAGGGCGCACAGGUGAUCCUGGACGCAAAGCGGAUCACUGCCUACCGACUUGCCACUUUCCACGACGGCAUCGUGUUCAGCCAGCGGCCCGUGCAGCCCGGGGAGCGCGUGGCACUACGCGUGCUGGGGCACGAGAGCGGCUGGCACGGUGGCCUUCGCGUGGGCUUCACACGUCUGAACCCUGCGCAUGUGCCAGCGCCCAGCCUGCCUCCCUUCGUGUGUCCUGACCUGGAGCAGCAGAGCCCGACGUGGGCAGCGUUGCUGCCGGAUGGCUGCGCACUGGCCGGGGACAUUGUUAGCUUCUGGGUGAGCCGCCACGGACGGCUGUGCGCUCAGGUCAACAGGGGCCGGAGGCUCCUGCUGCGCAGGAGAGUGCCCGUGGGCGCCCCGCUCUGGGCUGUGAUGGACGUGUACGGGACCACCAAGGCCAUCGAGCUGCUGAGCGAGGCCAUUUGUCCGGACCAGGCACCGCCCCUGGGGGGAGGCGGACGCUCAGGAGAUCAAGCGGCCAGUGCCUUGCCCACAGCCUCGCCCUGGGCCCUCCGUGAGGAGACCCCCUCUGACUCUGAAGCCACGGCAGGAGAAGAGUGUGCCAUCUGCCUCCACUGUGCUGCCGACACCUGCCUUGUCCCCUGUGGCCACACACACUUCUGCAGCUGCUGCGCCUGGCGGGUCUUCAGGGACACAGCCAAGUGCCCUGUGUGUCGUUGUGAGGUGGAGGGGGUAGUCUCAGCAUGGGGCCCUCCUGCUCUGAGGACUGGGGAAGGCCUUCCCGUGUCAGUGGCAAAGUAGGCCUAGCUCCAAGCCAGUCCCUGCAGGGGAAGAAGGGGCAGUCCACCCGCUUUCUGUAGAAAAGUCAGAAAGCCUGGUUGGUAAUGAGCGGAGCAUAGAGAAGGAGUAGAGGAUGAUGGCUCCUCCCCUUACCCAACAGGUUGGGGCCAGUGGAGGAGCUCUUCUUCCCGCCCACACCAGAAUUAUCUCUCUGAUGGUGGCCUGGCUGUAGACAGUGGCUCAGCAAUGGCCAGCAGGCUUGAGUUUCCUCUGCUUAGCUCCAGCUUUCUCAUGCCCAGGGCUGUCAAGGCUUUUGCUGGCCACUUGGCACAGCCAUCACUGACCUAGCAAUCCUUGGCACCCAUAAGUACCGAGGUUCAUGGGACUCCAAGAACCCACAUGUGUCGAUGAGGAGGAUCUGAGAUGGGUGACUUGACCCCUGGUUUUAUAGCUGAGGAAGUUAAGGUACCUACAUUUGCCUGUGGCAGCCCUGCCCAUUUGGGGAUUGAGGAGCUGGAUCAGACACAGGGAGGCAUCUGUGUGGAGUGUCUACAGUCCCAGGUGAGAGCUGGUUCACUGCCGACAAGUCCUCAGUAAAGUGAGUCAGGAGUUACCCACCUUGCAGUGUGGUUGUGAGGAUGCAGUGAAAUCACGCAUCUGAAGAUGAUUUAGCAUAUGAAAGGGCACUGUUGUCAUUGUGCUUAUUCCCUUACCAAUUUCUGAUCUAUCAAAAUAAAGCUUCCCUUUUUUUAUG